UUCCUUCCGGGUGUUUUUGGUCCUUUUCCCCCUCACCCGCUUGCCCUGCGAAACCCGGUCGACCUGUCUUCAGCAUGAAGAACACUUCUCGUCCUCCAGUCAUCCGCAUUCAAGGCGACCAGAUUGAAAGUGACCGUAUUCAACUGGAACACAAUCUACAGAACACAGACCUCUCUAUCCGUCUAUCGUCACAGGACGACUUUGACGACAGUAUAGAAUAUCCAAGGCAUAAUUCAGGCCCUUCUCCUUUUAACGAUUUUGGCUCUUUUAUUCACCGUUCUGGUGACCAUUUUGACGGUGAUAUCCCUAAUGCUUGGUCAUAUCGCACAGGCGACGACGAAGAAGGCGUUCAUCCUUACGGCGGGGAGACUAUGUCGACUGCUGCUCAUCAUGCCAGUGCUCUCACAUUGAACGCUGGAUUAGGUGGCAAUAGAGGGGCGAGACGGGAAGUUAGUCUGAGCGGUGCGGAGUACGAUCCAGAUAGGCCUUUACACGCCAUGAUCGCUGGGGUGGAUAGCAAACUCAGUAUCUUCGAUGCGGAUCCUUCGAGGUCUAAAUACACGGCCCCAGGUGGAAUCACAUUUGACCCGUUGGUUGUGGACAGCACUGCUGAACUUGAUCGUAUCUUAAAAUCCGGCCAUGCACCACCCCCUUCCUUGCGGUGUCGCGCCGAUGUAGCACGCUCAAAUAACUCCUCAUCUACAUCCUCUUCCUCCGACUCAGAAGGUCCUAACUCUCGUCCUAAAAUCACGGAUGCGUUACGCCGCGUCUCGUUCUCCCCAAAGCGCCCUCGUAGCCCAAAAACUUAUCAUUCUCCUCACCACCGAUCUUCUAACUUACCCGACGUACAACCUACACCCAGCAUCCUCCUACACACCUCUCCGUUAUCCCGGCAACCUCAUUUUCAAACAACCGACGGACAUACCCAAUCCACCCCCAAGCCCCGGACUACCAAACGAACCAAUAUCCUCCCUACCCAUUCUUCACAGCCUGAAGUGCGACUUCAACCUCCUACACCCUCUUCCUCGACUUCUAGAUUCAACAAACAGGCCCGGGGCUUGUCCAAAGAUAUCGACACCGAAGCAGAGCGCAGCCGUACGAACCACAAGCGCAACGAUAUGCCAGAAGGCUUUGGUAUCCCUGGCAGUACAAAGCACUUUAACACCAAUCGCAAUAACUCGUCAAAGAGCAGAAUUCACCUGCCUGAUGUCACUGGUCUGACGAACGCGGUUGAAUCUCCGGCAAAAGUCAUGCUCAAUCACUAUUCUUAUCAGCCCACUGAUGAACCUCGAGAAAAUGAAGCUCGCCUACUCGCGGUCCUCAACACGAUACAAAGCAAACUUUCGCGUCUUGAAGAUGAGAAUAGCAUUUCAAGGCGCAGAGUGCGGGAACUAGAGUAUGAGCUGGAAGUGUGUAAACGGGAAGUUGCAAAGGAGCGAACUCGCGUGUUGGAGAAAGAGAGUGCUAUCCUUCAGAACCAGCGGGAGCUAGAACGCGCUGUUGCUGAUGCGAAGAAGUCUAUGAAGGGGAAGGGAAAAGCUAGGGAUGCGAGUAUCAACAACGAUGCUGAUGCCUCUGUCAGAUAUAAGGAAGCGGUGGAGGAGAAGAAAGCCCUGGAAGCACUGAUUUCAACACUUCGUUCUCACCUCACGAGACUCACCGCUGAACUGUCUUCUCAUCAAGAGCUCUUAGUCGAACUUCGGUCAUUGCGUGAAGCGGACUCACGCGCGUUGAGAGAGAAAGCGGCCGAUAUCACUCAACUUCGAAAUGAGGUCGAAAGGCUCGCUGGUGAAGUGGAGGUUCUACGCGGUGUUGUCGAGGAGGGGUUGAAGGAACGCCGGCUGAAUAGAGAAAACUCGAAGUUGAACGAAUCACAGUCGCAAUCAGGCUCACAAGUGGUUGAUAUAGCUGAUACGCGGACGAGUGAAGGCGGCAGUGCGACUGGUGAAGCACACGAGGAAGAGGAGGAGGAAGAAGCAGAUGACGAAGACGAUCAAGAAGAGACCGGAGAACCCGAACCUUUUGACCCUCAGUCUAUACCAGGCUCGUCGAGGGAUGGUUUGCCCGACCGAACGAUGGGAACGGAUCGUGCCACUGUCGGUGUCAGUUCCAGCGGCGUGUCGAACCAAUCCAGGAGUGGUAGGUUCAUUGACGACGAAGAACUCGUUCGAAUCGCGGCGGAUGUUGAAGAAAGGCGAUCUGAACUUUCAGUUGAUUCUCCUUCUGAUUUCACUUCUCGGAUCUUGGAACCUUCGUGCUCGGCUUCACAGUCAAAUCGACGAUCUGUCCUCGAAGUUGAAGAGGUUAUGGAUGAUAGAGCAGCUUCGCCUACGCACAGUCUUCAGAGCGAGGGACGACCUGAUCAUUCAACAUAUCAACCUCAACCAGUCGAGUCUCGUCCCGCUGCCCCAACACCUGCUCACGCUUCUUGGCACAAUAAGCGUUUAAUGCGACGGACUGAGACUGAUUAUCAUGACGCUGAUGACUCCAUCUCGGGAGCGCCUUUUCCUCAGAUACGAGGCGAAAGGCUGGAACGACUGUUUUUCAGUGCGCCUGACCAUGAUGAGAAAACGUGUAAUGUUUGUCACAGGAAACGCGGAAAUGUAGUUAACCAUCGGCCAACUUCACCAUCAUUAUUACCAGGCAGGCUUGGUCAGGGCUUGAAUAAACGGAUGGCAAGGGAGACCAACGAUGAAGAGGAUGAGGGUUUCGCCGAAGAGGAAGACGUUGAGAUUGCCGAAUCUCCUCGACGGGAAAAGCGGGCGGAGGGACGAGGGCGGGUACCAGCUUUCCGCGAUAGCUAUGAGAAGAGAAAGAAUUUACCCCAGCAAACGGUUCUUGUGCGGGUGAUUCGAGAGUUGGAGGAUGAUUUUACCCAUUUCAAGGGGGUUUACGUCGAGCUCGCCGACCAGUACAAGGAUAUGGACCCCAUUUCUGAUGUUCUUAAACGGAAUCUGUUGGCGCAACAUUUGCGUGAGGUUAUAGAUAUACUCGAACAAAAGGGCGACCAGAUUGCAUCUCUCUAUGAUCUACUCACUUUUCAAGACAAACCAACAUCUAAUCCGCAGUACACUCGAAGUAUUCCCAAGAGUACAAAUUCGCUUGGACGGACGGCUGGUGUGAAAAAUCGGUUGGCUUUUGCCUAGGACUAUUCUUCUCAAACACAUCUCUUUUUUUUUUCGCUGUAGCCUGUAGGUAGGUCGCACAUUAAUUUUUUCUUGUAGUUGCACACAACGGUCCAAUCAAACCUUUUCUCGUCGCAAACCUAUGCACAUGUAUAAUUACAUAUUCCACGUUGGGAGCGUAUUUAUGUACUCCACAACCAAUCUAUAUGAACACGUCUUUAGGCUGUA